CGCAUCCCCCACCUCCGGACCAAGCGCGAACGGAAACGCCUCGCGGCGGAGGCCUCACGAGUCCAGCGCAGUCUACUACUGCCACCGCUGCUGCUGCUGCUGCUAUGGAUUGAUGGGUUCAGCUACGCCCUAGCGAUGGGGUCCCUCGAGAACGGCGCCGGUGGGGGGGCGGGGGCCGCGGGGGGACACAAGCGUGGGCCGCAGCCGCCGCCCCCGCCGCUGCUGCGCGCUGCGGCGGUGGGAGGGGGUGGAGGGGCGGCGCGGCGGGCGAGCGCGAGAUCCCGGCUCGCGCGGUUCCUGCUGUUCGAGAAGGUGGACUACCUCCAGUGGAUCGGCUUCGCCGCCGCCUUCUUCUUCGUCACCAUCGUUGUCGUGGUCGUCUUCCCCGGAUCGGGCGUCGUCGAGCGCCCGACGAUUCUGCUCCCCUCGCGGCGAGCGGGCGGCGGGAGGGGAGGAGCUGAGUCCUUGCUGCCCCGCGGCCUCGGGGUGCUGGAGACAGGCGAGGGCGUGGUGUUCGAGCCGACGAGGCUGAGGGAGAGGUGGGCGAAGGAGCGGAGGGAGGAGGCCGACAGCUCGGCGAAGCUCGGGAGUCCCGUGAGGAGGUUCGGGGUGCGGCAGCCGCGCCUUGCCAUGGUGUUUGGGGAUCUCUCUCCCGGUGCAAUGCAGCUUCAGAUGGUUACCGUUGCCUCGGUGCUAGAAGCGAUGGGCUACGAAAUGAAGGUUUUCUCAUUGAAGGAUGGUUCUUGUAGUAAUAUUUGGAGAACUAUUGGUAUCACAGUUAAUCUUUUACGUGAGGACACAGACUUACAUAUAUCUGUAGAUUGGCUAGACUAUGAUGGUAUACUUGUGAAUUCUAUUGAAUCAAGACCAGUAUUUUCGAGUCUUCUGCAGGAGCCUUUCAAAUCCAUACCUGUCAUUUGGAAUGUGCAAGAAAGUUCUCUCGCUCACCGUAUUAGUGAAUACAAUUCUAGUGGAAUGACCCAGAUCUUAGAUGGUUGGAAAGAGGCCUUCAGUAGGGCAAGUGUUAUAGUUUUCCCCAACUAUGUAUUGCCGGUGAUGUACGCUGCAUUUGAUUCUGGUAACUAUUUCGUGAUUCCAGGUUCCCCUGUAGUACCAUUUCAAGAUAGAAUCACAACCCAAAGUUAUUAUGAAGGUGUGAGAGUCAGUAUGGGUUUAAGUCCAAGUGAUUUUGUAAUUGCUAUUGUUGGUAGUCAGUUUUCGUAUGGUGGUUUUUUGAUGGAAGAAGCACUUGUCUUACAAGCCAUAGGGUCUCUGUUACAACAGUAUCCUUCUGAGAAUAGCAACCAAGUUGAACUGAAAGUGAGAAUCUUGGCUGAAAACGUAACUGAGAAGCAUAGGACGGUCCUUGAGGAUGUUGCUCUAAACGUUGGCUUCCCAAGAGGUGCACUGGAACUUGUUGCUUCUGAAGAUAAGGACAAUCUCCUUGGUAUAUCUGACCUUGUUAUAUAUGGUUCUUGCCUUAAUGAGCAAUCCUUCCCAAGUGUGCUAGUUCAAGCUAUGUGUCUUGAGAAACUGGUUAUAGCUCCAGACCUUGAAAUCAUCAGAAAAUAUAUUGAUGAUGGGACAAAUGCACUUCUUUUUCCAUGUAAGAAUAUUGGCAAGUUAACGCAAGUUCUAUUGCAAGCAGUAUCAAAUGGGAAGAUUUCUGUUCUAGGGCGAAAAAUUGCAUCAGCUGGAAAGGUCCAUGCCAAGAAUCUUAUGGCUUCAGAAACCGUUGAAGGGUAUGCUAUGCUAUUGGAAAACGUUAUUAAGUUUCCUGCUGAAGUACUAACACCAUUAUCUGGUGGUGAGAUACCUGUUGCCUUGAAACAAGAGUGGAAAUGGCAUCUCUUUGAGGAUGUGAAGCACUUAUACCAUAUCAAUGAGACUUCAGCUGGUUAUAUACUCCAGAAACUAGAGGAGGAGUGGCGCAGCAACCAAAUGGAAGAUCACCACAGUAACGCAUCAAAGAUUGAUGACACGUUCUCUGUUAUGGCAUGGGAGGAAGAGAGAGCAUAUGAGAUUGCGAAUAUCAAAAAGAGAUUGGAAGAAGAGGAGUUGAAAGAGAGGAGUGAACAGCCUCAUGGAACAUGGGAGGAAGUGUAUAGAAAUGUCAAAAGGGUAGAGAGGAUGAAGAAUGACUUGCAUGAAAGAGAUGACAAGGAGCUUGAACGGACAGGUCAGCCACUUUGUAUAUAUGAGCCUUUCUUUGGGGAGGGGACUUGGCCUUUCCUGCAUAGAAGCUCCCUUUAUCGUGGAAUUGGCCUGUCUUCGAAAGGUCGAAGGCCUGGAGCAGAUGACAUUGAUGCUUCUUCUCGUCUUCCACUUCUCAACAAUGGGUACUACAGAGAUAUUCUUGGUGAAUUUGGAGCUUUCUUUGCUCUAGCGAACAGGAUUGAUCGAAUUCAUAAAAAUUCUUGGAUAGGAUUUCAGUCUUGGAGAGUAACAGCAAGAAAGGCAAACUUGUCGAAAAAAGCUGAAUCUGCACUGUUGGAAGCUGUUCAAACUCAAAAGCAUGGAGAUGCCUUUUAUUUUUGGGUUCGGAUGGACCAAGAUGAAAGGAACCUUGCAAACCAAGAUUUCUGGUCCUUCUGUGAUGCAAUCAAUGCUGGGAAUUGCAGGUUAGCAGUUCUGAAAGCUUUCCAAAGGAUGUACGGCAUGCAGCUUGGUGAUGAUCUGAAUAAUGUGCCACUUAUGCCUAAUGAUGGAGAUACUUGGUCUGUGAUGCAAAGCUGGGUUUUGCCUACAAGAUCAUUCUUGGAAUUUGUAAUGUUCUCAAGAAUGUUUGCAGAUGCACUGGAUUCACAAAUGUAUGACAAACAUCAUCAAACAGGACAUUGCGUAUUGAGUCUUCACAGGGACCAGCACUGUUAUUCCCGUGUUCUUGAGUUGAUCGUAAACGUUUGGGCAUUCCACAGUGCCCGAAGGAUGGUUUAUAUAAACCCAAAGACAGGUGCGAUGCAGGAGCAACAUCUGCUCAACGGCAGGAGAGGUCAGAUGUCAAUCCAGUGGUUCUCCUUCGCCACUCUGAAGAGCAUGGACGAGGACCUGGCAGAAGAGUUUGACGAGGAUCACCCUGACCGAAGGUGGCUCUGGCCGAAAACUGGUGAAGUGUUUUGGCAAGGCUUGUACGAGCGGGAGCGGAACAUAAGACAGCAGGAGAAGGAGCGGAGGAAACAACAGAGCAAAGACAAGAUCCAGAGAAUCAAGAAGAGAGCUCGCCAAAAAACGUUAGGGAGGUAUAUAAAGCCACCGCCAGAAGACGCUGGUAGCUUGAACGAUACUAGGACGGUAGAUCAGUAGCACUUACAUACUUAGGGCGAUGAUUCUUUCAGCAAGGAAAUUUUGUUCAUUCUUUGAUCCAGCUAAUGUCCUAACUGGUCGCUCCCAGAUGGGUGCGAUUGUUUUUGUCCAGUUUUGUCCUGCCACAGCUGCUGUUCGAGGCAUUGUAAAUUUGGCCCUUUGAUGGGUGUGAAUGUGUGAUCAUAUAGGAUAUGACAUCGAGUUGCAAUCCCAAAUUCUGUAAAUUUGGCA